AUGGCAGACUCACUUUCUUCGGGAGUCUCACAGGCUUUGCAAGUCUAUACAAAAGGUACCAAGGCUUGGUUUGAAGAUGAAGACGAAGCUUGGGUUUCAGCAACUGUCAUUUCGAAAGAAGAGACUGAUACAGGUGUCAAGAUUACAUUUGAAGACGAUAAAGAUUCAGGAAGGCAACAUAUCUUUGAAUCGACCUAUGCAGUUUUAGAAAAGCAAAAAGGUGCUAAUCUGCCGCCACUAAGGAAUCCACCAAGAUUAGAAAAUAUCGAAGACUUGACCAACCUCAGUUACCUUAACGAGCCUUCAGUCUUAAACACUAUUCGUACUCGAUACUUUCAGCGCAACAUCUAUACAUACUCCGGUAUCGUCUUGAUUGCUGCCAAUCCCUUUGCUAGUGUACCAUUAUAUGAACCUGACAUUAUCCAACAAUACUCGGGCAGAAGACGUGGUGAACUAGAACCUCACUUGUUUGCUAUUGCUGAAGAUGCUUACAGAUGUAUGGUCCGAGAAAAGACAAAUCAGACAGUAGUCGUAUCUGGUGAAAGUGGUGCAGGUAAAACAGUAUCAGCUACACACAUCAUGAGAUACUUUGCCACGGCAGAUGAUAAAGAAUCAGGAAAGGUUAAGGAAUCAGGAGGGAUGACAGAAGUAGAAGAACAGAUUAUGGCCACCAAUCCGAUCAUGGAAGCGUUCGGUAAUGCAAAGACGACGAGAAACAACAACAGUUCAAGAUUUGGUAAAUACAUCGAGAUUCAAUUUGACAAUAGAAAUAAUAUCGUGGGUGCAAAGAUCAGAACGUAUCUUUUGGAAAGAUCUCGUUUGAUCUUUCAGCCAGAGACAGAAAGAAAUUAUCAUAUUUUUUACCAACUCUGUCUUGGUGCUCCAAUCAAUGAACGAAAAAACCUCGAAUUGGGUGACUGGACCAAGUUUCAUUAUCUUAAUCAAAGUGGCACUGGUACAAUUCCUGGUGUGGACGAUGCAGCUGAAUUCGAAUUAACACAGAAAUCACUCUCUCUCGUCGGUAUAUCUGUCGAGCAACAAUGGCAAAUCUUUAAGCUCUUGGCUGCUUUACUUCAUAUCGGUAAUAUCGAAGUCGGAGGUCGUACUGAUGCCUCUAUUGAUGAUAAUCAAUCUGCCCUUAUUACCGCCACAAAACUGCUGGGCAUCAAGACGUCCGAGUUCAAGAAAUGGUUGACGAAACGACAAAUCAUUACAAGAAACGAAAAGAUUGUAAAAAAUCUGAGCAUCGUGCAGGCUACGGUCGUUAGGGAUUCUGUUGCUAAAUAUAUCUAUGCCAGCUUAUUUGAUUGGCUAGUCAAAGUUGUCAACGAUAGUUUGUCUUGUCAGGAAGAAGGCAAGGUUCGCACAUUCAUCGGUGUCUUGGAUAUUUACGGUUUUGAGCACUUUAAGAAAAACUCAUUUGAACAGUUCUGUAUCAACUAUGCUAAUGAAAAGCUUCAGCAACAGUUCAAUCAGCACGUCUUUAAGCUCGAACAGGAAGAAUACGUCAAGGAAAAGAUUGACUGGAAAUUCAUCGAGUUUAGUGAUAAUCAGAAAUGUAUCGAAGUGAUCGAAUCCAAGUUGGGUAUUCUCUCACUUUUAGAUGAAGAGUCAAGAAUGCCUUCAGGAACAGAUCAAGGCUUUUGUAACAAGUUAUAUGCUAGUUUCUCGGAUCCCAGUUACAAGAAUUACUUCAAGAAGCCUAGAUUUUCAAACUCUGCGUUUACUGUUGUCCAUUACGCUCAUGAAGUAGAAUAUGACUCGGAAGGCUUUAUUGAUAAGAACAAAGAUACUGUGCCUGAUGAGCUUUUGUCCUUGCUACAAAAUGCCGAAUCUCCCUUCUUGGUGGAUAUGCUUCAGACGGCUACUGCUGCUGCUACAGCCGCUAGCCAAGAAAUUAAGCCUGCACCUGUUAAAAAAGCAGGUAUGGCAGUAGCAAAGAAGCCCACAUUAGGCUCUAUUUUCAAACUUUCGCUUAUCAGCUUGAUGGAUACAAUCAGCAAGACCAAUGUUCAUUACAUUCGUUGUAUCAAGCCAAACGAAGCCAAGGUUGCUUGGGGUUUUGAGCCCAACAUGGUCUUAUCCCAGUUACGUGCAUGUGGUGUAUUGGAAACCAUCCGUAUCAGUUGUGCAGGUUAUCCUUCUCGGUGGACCUUUGCAGACUUUGCAGACAGAUUCUAUGCGUUAGUCAAUUCCAAAUACUGGGAUCCUAACCUUAAUCCUGAUGUGAAUGAACUAUGUCGUGUCAUUUUAGAAAAGUAUAUUCCUGACAAGGACAAGUAUCAAAUCGGUCUUACCAAGAUAUUCUUCCGUGCAGGACAGCUUGCUUAUCUCGAAAAAUGCCGAAGAGAAAGAUGGGACGAAUGCACGAUUCUGUUACAAAAAAACAUGCGUCGUUUUAUUGUUCGUAUCCAAUACCUUCGCACGCUUGACCUCAUUUCGCGUCUACAACGUGUGGCUCGUCAAAAGAUGGGCGUCAGAAACCUAGAGAUCGCCCGUCAGACAAAGGCAGCUAUCAAGAUUCAAGCCGAAUGGCGCCGUUACAUUCAACGUAAACGCUACUUACAGACCUGUGCCUUUAUCGUCAAAUUGCAAGCGGCCAGUCGUAGCCAUAUCACACGUAAACAGUUUGCGAAUAUUCGACAACACUUUGCAGCCAUCAAGAUUCAAAGCCUUCUCCGAGGUUGGGUUGUUCGUAAGCAGUACCAUGCAAAACGAAACUAUGUCAUUCAACUUCAGACGUGUAUUCGCCGUCGUCUGGCACGUCGACAGUUGCUUACACUUAAGCAGGAGGCUAGAUCAGCCAAUCACUUUAAGGAAGUGUCUUAUAAGCUAGAAAGCAAGGUAGUCGAAUUGACACAGAGCAUAACACAACAUAAAGAAGAAAAGGAUCAAUUACGUGUCAAAGCAAAUGAAUUGGAAAUGCAAGUCAAGACAUGGAUUGAUAAAUAUGACAAACUUGACAAGAAGGCCAAGGAGCUUGAAAAGACACUGGAGACACCGUCUGAAUUAGAAGCCGAGUUAGAGACCCUGAAGAACGAGCGUAUAACACUUCAGACAGACUACAAAAAUUCACUGGAACGUAUCAAGAAGCAAGAAACCGAAAUUGCUCGAUUGACUGAAGACUUGAACCGUCAAAAGGAGGAAAUCUUCAAACUCAAACAGAUGAGCAACCAACAGCAACUCCGAUCUCCUGUGAGUCCAGGCGGCGCUUUUUCGUCGCCUGCAGAUGAGGCGGAUGUUGCGGACUUGAAGGCACAGAUUGUGGCGCUCAAAGCACAAUUAUCGCAGUCGCUCAAGAACCACCCAAAGCGACAAGCAUCCAUGAAUGCUUACCGUACCUUGUCUCCCCAACGUAAUGACCGACGUGGUAUUUCACCUGACCGUAACCGUUCACCUUCAGUCAAUCCACGUGCAAGGUCGCCAAGCACGAUGCGUCGUAGCAGCCUUGUGAUGGUAUCAGAAAGAAACGAAACCAAGGUGAUUUAUGCUGAGCCUGAACAAAUGAUACCCAAACAGAUUGGUCAGCGUGGUAGCUUGGACGCAGACAAGGUGGGUAACCCAGAAGAUGCAAUGAACCAGCUUCUUCAGGAACACUGCGAGCUGUUGGAAGACGAAAUGAUUACAGGCUUGAUACACUCUCUCAAGAUUGUACCACCUGGAAUGCAACAGCUCCCAACACGUGAAGAAGUCUUUUUCCCAGUUCAUAUCAUUGGCAAAUGUGUUACACAAAUGUGGCGUUUAGGAUACUUGGCAGAAUCUGAGCAAUUAUUGUUCAGAGUGAUGGACACGAUUCAAAAUGAUUGCAGUUCGUUUACAGGAGAAGAGACGAUUGUGCCCUGUGCUUACUGGUUAUCGAAUACACACGAGUUGCUUUCACUGGUUUAUUCUGUUGAACAGGACCUUGAAAGAGAGAUGCAUUAUAAUUCUAUUCAUGGAAGACGAGCGGUCGGAUGGCACGAUUUUGAAAAACUGGUGUCUACAAUGAAGUACGAAUUACAGUGCUUGGAAGAUAAUCUUUAUCAUCACUGGUUGUCUGAAUUGAAAAAGAAGUUGAACAAGAUGGCCAUUCCCGCCGUGAUCGAGUCUCAGUCAUUACCAGGCUUUAUUUCCAGUGACUCUAAUCGAUUCUUUGGUAAAAUACUCUCGGGCAACAAUCAACCAGCUUUCUCUAUGGACGAUUUACUCAACUUUAUGAACCGCAUCUAUCGUACAAUGAAGAGUUAUUAUGUGGAACCUUAUGUGAUGGAACAAGUAUUGACUGAGCUAUUAAAGGUGAUUGGAAUCAUUACCUUUAAUGACCUUGUCAUGAGACGUAAUUUCAAUUCGUGGAAGCGAGCUAUGCAAAUACAAUACAAUGUAACUAGAUUAGAAGAAUGGUGCAAGGCUCACGACGUAUCUGAAGCGACGAAUAAAUUAGAACAUUUGACUCAAGCAACAAAACUACUACAAUUAAAGAAAGCAACCAUUGACGAUAUAAAGAAUAUUUAUGAAGUUUGCUGGUGUUUGGCGCCGACACAAGUACAAAAAUUGAUACAAAAUUAUACUGUCGCAGAUUAUGAGGACCCAAUUAGUAAUGAAAUCCUGAGGGCAGUGGCAUCUCGUGUGAGUAGUAGCAAUACCGAAGAUAUCUUGUUACUCGAUAAUACUUCACUUGAAGAAAGUGAUUAUGAUCAACCUGAACCUCAUCAUGUUGAUAUAAAUUCAUAUAUUCCUGACUAUUUAAAUAUACAACAUGUUCAAAGGUUGGUUGCCUUGGCUAACCUAUCUGAACAACGUAAACCUCAGCGAAUGGACUCUAUUUAGUUGUAAUAUUUGUACAAAUGAAACGUGAUAAAUAUUCUUUGACCCAAUAAACUUUUUAUCGGAAUAACUUAAAUUAUCCAUAUUGGGAAUUAGGCAACCGUAACUAUAAAUAAUAGCUUAAUAGGAAAUAAG